AGCAGCAGCAGACAGUGGCUCAGGUGGAGGCAGCAAGACUGAGAAACUGUAAAGAAUCUCCCGGCAGCUUCCCGAUAGCUGCAUCACAGUAAAUCGGACUUCUGAAUCUAGCAACCCAGUCUCGCAGCCGAUCAGAGUGAAUGUCCAUGAGAAGCAUCACCUUAUUCCUGUAACGAGAACUAUUUUCUGAUAAGUGGAACUCAGCAUGUCCAAGGAGGACUAGCCCGUGGCUGACAGAAAAGGACUGCCUGAAUGAUGUGUUGCUGCACGAGACAAUAACUUUGAGAAGAAUGCUUUCUGUUAAGCUGCUACAUUGUUCCUGAAGGAAAGGUUUUCAUUUCUAGUGCAUGCUAGUUCUUCAAAAGCUGUGACAACAAAGAGUGACAAGAGACUCCCUGAAUUGUUUAUACUUGGGGGAAAGACUUUGGCAAAUGUUAACACGGUGCCAGAAUGACCUUGGAAGCCUUUCGGAUGGAUUCUGCCCUGCCACAAUCGCAGUAUGUCAAAGUCCAGGAUUUAAAUCCAUCUUGAUGUUUUGAGGUAUUUUAAAACAAGACUAUUUCCCAAACUACCUGAUGGCCCUGCUUUAAUUGUGCUUUUGCUUAAAAUAGAAUACAGAAAUAAACAAGAUAUUUUCUUAACAUAUGACUGUUAAUAACUGCAAAUAUAAAAAACAAGCUCACCCUCCUCCCUUAUCCCCCAAAGCUGAGAUGUGCCACUGGUGAACUAAGGCUGAUGAAGAAACCUGAGCACACUGUGGGAUGCUCAGCUGUAAUACAGGCACUGGCACUUUCUACUGAAGCAGGUUCUGAGACACUGAUUUGCAGAGUUUAACAGAUGCUGGCCCGGGCACCUGCUUGUUGGAGCCAAAGCUGCAAACUCCCUUAAUUUCAAGCCAUGAAUGAAUCCAGGUGGACUGAAUGGAGGAUCCUGAACAUGAGCAGUAGCAUUGUGAAUGUGUCCGAGCACCACUCCUGCCCUCUUGGAUUUGGUCACUACAGUGUGGAGGAUGUCUGCAUCUUUGAGACAGUUGUCAUUGUCUUGCUGACAUUUCUGAUCAUCUCUGGGAAUUUAACAGUCAUCUUUGUCUUUCACUGUGCUCCGCUGUUACACCAUUAUACUACCAGCUACUUUAUACAGACCAUGGCAUACGCUGACCUCCUCGUUGGAGUUACCUGCUUGGUUCCUACUCUGUCCCUUCUUCAUUACUCUACAGGUGUCCAUGAGUCAUUGACUUGCCAGGUGUUUGGAUAUAUUAUUUCAGUUCUAAAAAGCGUGUCUAUGGCAUGUCUUGCUUGCAUCAGUGUGGAUCGAUAUCUUGCAAUAACCAAGCCUCUAUCCUACAAUCAACUGGUCACUCCUUGUCGCCUGAGAAUUUGCAUUAUUAUGAUUUGGAUUUACUCCUGCCUAAUUUUCUUGCCUUCCUUUUUUGGCUGGGGCAAACCUGGUUACCAUGGUGACAUUUUUGAAUGGUGUGCCACAUCUUGGCUUACCAGUGCCUAUUUUACUUGCUUUAUUGUUUGUUUACUUUAUGCUCCUGCUGCCUUGGUUGUCUGCUUCACUUACUUUCACAUUUUCAAAAUUUGCCGGCAGCACACCAAAGAGAUAAAUGACCGGAGGGCCAGAUUCCCUAGUCACGAGGUAGAGGCCUCUAGGGAAGCAGGGCACAGCCCUGACCGUCGCUACGCCAUGGUUUUAUUUAGGAUAACUAGCGUGUUUUACAUGCUGUGGCUUCCAUAUAUUAUUUACUUUCUUCUAGAAAGUUCUCGUGUCUUGGACAAUCCCACACUGUCCUUCUUAACCACCUGGCUUGCGAUAAGCAAUAGUUUUUGUAACUGUGUAAUAUACAGCCUCUCCAACAGUGUUUUCCGCCUUGGCCUCCGAAGGCUUUCUGAAACAAUGUGCACAUCUUGUGUGUGUGCGAAGGAUCAGGAAGCACAAGAUCCCAAACCUAGGAGACGGGCAAAUUCCUGCUCCAUUUGAAGAGAAUUACGUAGUCAAUCAAAUGUAAUGUGACAGUGGUUUUGGAUUGUAUUCUUGAUUCAUUUGGAAAUUUGCCCUGAAGAAAUAUUUAUGUGAAUAGUUGACCAUGAAGUGAAGAAUGGGAUUAAAGAUCUUUUUUAUUUCCUUUUGUGUAAGUCAAAAAGAAUGGGAAAGGAUGUUUGAAGAAUAAUCUUAUAAGAGAAUUACAGCUUGUGAAUAUAUGUUCAGUGUUUGAUCCUCAUCACUGAUGAUAGAAGAGGAACUUCAAGUCUACAAAAUAGGAACAGACCCCUUGUUAUCUCUCUCUCUGUGUCCUCUCUGCCUGUGUGUCUGUCUUCUAUUUAGUCUUAUUCUCUGUUCUUACUCCUUAGACUUGUGGGAGUUACUGUUUGUUAACUUCCCUUUGUGAGAAGUGCUAGUACGUAUCUGUGGCCAAGUGUCGCCUUGCCGUCAGUGUUGAGACAUGUCAGUCUACAUGAGUUGUGUUGCCUUUAGAGAGGAUGCACAGUGUUACGUUUUGUUAUCUGUCAUACAAACCCUGUGCCUAUGUUCAUGUCAUCAUCCCCAUAGCACAGAUUCCUACUACAAACAGAACGGAGCAGUAUCUUUUCUUCUGUGUAGAAGGCCAUUUCGUUUUCUCUCCCUUUUCUCAGCACCUGCUAUUGCUCUUUCAGUUUGUCUCCAAUCCUGUGGGACACAUUCUAGAAGUGUCUUAGCUGAUGAAAGAAUCCUCUGUAUGAGGCAGUCAAGAGGGUAAACAAGUUAUUUUUCGAACAAAGCAAUCUAGCAGCUGGGAGGUUGUAUUUAAUACCUCAGUGGAUUUUGAAAACAUUUUUACCAGCUUUCCUUUGAAGUUAGUUUGGGUGCCUAAAGUAAAGUCCUCUUGGUUAUAGUGAAGAUUUUUUUUUUAAUUUUCUCUAUAAAGCCCACAAUAAUACUAUUGCAGAUGCAGAUUACUCCCCAGUAGUGAUAUAUUACUCUGUGUGCUACCCAGGAUGCCCUUUAGAAAAAGCCUGACACUGCAAUGAUAGCCUAGGUCUGCAGCAGUUCACUGUCACAUCCAUUAUUCCUUUGUGUUGUAUGUAUUUGCAUAUUCUAUAUUUUUUACAAAAAUAUAAGUUAUAUUACAUGAUCUGUGCCUAAUGUUUUCUUAGCACAAUUCAGAUAUCAAUGUUGUUUAAGGUGUCAACAUUGAAAAACAUAUAUAUGGACUACCUUUAAAGUGAAAAAUACUUUUGUGUCAUUGUUAUUCAGAUAUUUAUAUUAGAUGAAGCUGCAUUCUUACAGUGGCUGGGAAUGUAGUAUACUUAUAAAAAGCAGUUAGAUAUGUCAGUAUUUUGUUUUCAAAUGCAGAGAUGAAGUUAUUUUUUAGUGUGUUACCUGAGUGUACUAAUAAGUUGGGGGUUGAGGCUCAGCCAUAGUAAAGCGGAUGUGAGCAGAGCAGCUUGUGUUCUUACCCUAAACUUUUGACUGGAAGAGGUUUGAUACUUUCUACCACACUGCUGAGGAGUUUUCUUCAGACUUUUGUGUUUUAUGAAAAGUAUUUAAUGAAGCGUGCCUGUGGCUCUGACACAGAAGCCCACCAUGUCUGCAUCCUGGUGUUUUUACUUCAGCAGUCUGUUAAAGAGAUGUUGUCACUUUAUUAAGGUUGUUUUGAACCCCUGUAUAUUUUUUAAAUAUGUAAGAAAGGUUUAAAAUAAAUAAUAAAAUAGUAUUCUAUAUAUCAAAACCAGAUUUUGUAUCAGUCAGUUUACUGAAACUCCAGGAAUAAGAGUUCCUUGGGAAAUCAGAAUCAAAUUGUUGUGUACUUCAUAGAUGAGGGUUGUGUGGAGUCUUGUUUGCUGUUUGCAGUGAUAUCAUAGAUGAAUUGAGGUGUACCAUUUUAAACAGUAUUUCUAUUUCUUCACAUAUGAUAAAUAAAUUCUCCAAUAUUAUUCGUAUUAUUCAGGAA